UUUGGGAAUUGUACUGACUGUGGUUAUGUUUCUGGAAAUGUGCAGGUUGGCCAGAUGCAGUGGGGCAUGGAAUGAACAGAAAGAGGUUAAAUUGAUGGAUGACCAACAAGAGCAGGAUUGUGCCUCAGAAGACCAAGAAACUAUCCUGAUUAAUGGGGUGAAAGAAAAUGAGCUACGAACCUCGGACGGCGAGGAGAGGCCAUACAGUGUUGCCGACACCACCGACGCCUUCCCAGCCCUGACAGCAGCCCCAAAGGAAACCCAGGCGUGCCACCGUGUGCUGCCAGCCCUGCCUGCAAAGAAGCCCUGCUCGUUGAGCCCGCCGUCCCCACUGCGGCUCACCGAUGUCCCUGAGCACACCUCAGACGACUCCUCGGCACACGCCAUCUCCCUCACGUCCUGCGUGACGAAGGGCAUGAGCUCCUGGUCUCUGCCGGGCGACUGUGAGAAGGCUCCCUUCAGCAUGAUGGAGCCUGGAGGCAUGUCCGCCCUGACCGGAGACUGCCUGAUGCAGCCGAGCAGGACCUGCCUGGGCUGCUUCAUUGAAUCAAAGGACGGCAUUGAUGCGGAGCCGGGAAUAAGCUUGAAAGUGGGGGAUAUAAAUAGGGAUUAUGACACCUGUUCGGUCUCUGAUAUAGGGAUUCACUGCAUGAGCACAGGAGAAACCAUGAGAUAUGGGGAUCAACUGCUUUCAGACCAGCUUUUAAGCUUCCCUAUGCAUAAAUCGAGGGCAGCGGACAAAAGAGAUGCAGAGAAAUCUGACAGUGAUUCAGAGGACCCCACUCAGAAAAAUUAUUACGAGGGAUUACUAUUAGACAAAUGCAAUGGUGAGGAACCCUUACUAACAAAUCCCAACCAGGAAUGGGGCUAUUUUGAAUCUUUCAUUAGUGAAAGUAAAAUUGAGCUGCUUGACCUAUGCUCCAAAAAUGAGCUUUCUGUAAAUCUGUUUUCUGAGGAAGAUGUGGAUAAUUACAUGUUUGAUGAUGAUGAUUCGACCUUGGGAAGCGACGUCUGCUCCUUAAAGAUCAGAUACGAGUCGUUCCAGGACAACGUGCGGGAGAAGACCACCGCCCUACAAGAGGAUGCCCAGUUCAACUUCUUCCCCAGCGUCUUCGGCAACUGCACCAAAAGGGACAGCAGGAGCACCCUGAAAAGGGGACUCGGUGGUGCCACCGACCCUUCUCAAUUCAAGUCCGAAGAAGGCAUCAUCUGGGGGGAAGAGGUGGAGGAUGGCGAGGAAGAGGAUGGCGAGGAGGAGGAGAAAGCUGCCUUAAAUAAAUCUUGCAACAGCACAGAAGUGGUGCAGUACGUGGGCCCCAAAAGGAGCCACUUCUUGGACUCUGUGAAUUCCACAGAGGACUCUGGGGAGUUCAGCGAUGACAGCACAUGCACAGAGUCCUCCUAUGAUGUGCUGCGGGAUAUAAAGGACUGCAGCCGGUACCUGUCCCGGGACCACUCCAGCUCCUUCAUCCAGCAGAACUACGGGCUGCGGGCAAAGAGGAAAGUGCGAUACAGUGAUGACUACCUGUAUGACGUGGACUCCAUUGAGAAUGAGAAGAUCCUGGACAAGAAGGAGUGGCUGCCGGACGGGCCCAAGGAGGAGGAUGACGACGAGUGGUGCCCCAAGAAACGGCGAAAAGUCUCUCGCAAGGAGCCCCCUGUUAUCAUCAAGUACAUCAUCAUUAACAGGUUUAAAGGGGAGAAGCAUAUGCUGGUGAAGCUCAGCAAAGUGGAUGCCAACGAGACAACUGUUACCCUGAAUGAGGAGCUGCUCAGUAAAUAUGAAAAGCUGGCCCCAUUGAAGGGCUUCUGGCAGGAGAGGCAGCAGAGCCGGCUGGAUUUGCUCAGAUCGUCUCUCUACCACAAGCAGAAUUUCUAUCUUAACGGUUCAGAUGCUUCGUUCCUCCCUCACCCACGGAAGCGAAAAUGCAAGCUAGCAAACAGGCACAGGAUUCAAAGAAUUAAAGCCAUUGAGCAGUCAGUGAACAAGCUGGGCUCUUGCUCCUCUGAUCACAAGCAGCCUUGCAGCAGUAAGGAGGAUGCAGGCCUGAAAGGGCUGCAGGCAUUAGCCAUUGCCACCCCCAGCUGUGCAAAUGGAUUACACGUAAAUGACAUCACGGACAUCGCUGCUGUGAAAUGCAAAUCGCAGGAACGAGAAUACAAGGGGACGGAGAGGAAAGUGCUCCGCCGGAUCAAAUUCAAAAGUGAAGCCAGGUUGAAAUGUAAGAAAAUCAAAGCUGCUGCCAGCGUGGCAGAGGGUUGCCCGGCUCUGGGAAACCAGGACUCUGCAGUGCAUCUGAAGGAUGAAAACGUUCCUUGUGCUUCAGACAGCUCCCAUCUCCCAGAGUGCCAUGAGGAUAAGAUUGCUAAAAAUUCUCCUUUCCUACCAUCCACCUCCUCUUCAGACAAGCCUCUGCCAUCUGCUAAUAUCACUACCAAUGUACCCCUGAUCCCUGGAGGGUAUCUGCAGACCCUGUUAGACGCUUCGGAUUUGUCGAGCAGCACCGGCAUCUCAUACUUCACACAGCAUCCCUCUGAGCAGCAGCACCCACUCCCCAGCAUCAUCCCAGCAGACAAACCAUUCGCUGCUCUGCAGCCAUCGCAGAGCUGUGUGCUGUCCCCGCCGUCUGAGUCUGAGCUGCAGCAGUCUCCUGGCCACCUGGAGAUGGAGCAGAGCACCUUUGGCAGUGUGUGGCCGGCCAGCAAGGCUGCUGGGAGCAACCGGCAGGAAUUUGCUGGCGAGCUGCAGGAUACCGCAGCACUGACAGGCGAGUUUGGUGGUGCAGCAGGCACUGAUGGCCUCCCGGCCUCUGGCUACCCUCAAGUCAAUCUGAAUAGCAGCAAGUUGCUCUACCAAAAAAAUUACAUGCCGGAUAGCCAGCAAGUGCAGCCUGAUGAUUCUUAUCAGUCGUGUCAUUUUAAUAAUGGAGAGGGGCGCUUUCAUUUCCAGCGAGGUACACUAAGUACAGAUGAUGGCAGACUCAUUAGCUUUGAUUCAGUGGGUUCAUUGUCAGUUAGUUCUAGCAAUUACAGCUCUUUAAAGUCCUGCGAAAAGGAUGGUGACGAUGAUAUUAAUGACGAUUUCUUGGCCCACUGCAGUCCCAAGCUAGUGAUCCAGCAAAGCAUAGAUGAAAUAACCCCUUUGAAGGAGUCCACGGACCUUUUAGACAUUUCCAACUUCACACCCGAUAAGUUCCGCCAGUCAUCGCUCUCGGAGAUGUCCCCUCCAGACACUCCCAACCUUUCCCCACAGAUAGCUGGCUCCGACACCAAGCCCUUGGGCACCCUUAAGGGCUUCCCGGAGAGUGCCCAGGCUGCUCUGAGCAGCUCCGAGAAGGUCAAGUGGAACUGCGGGGUCUUGCAGACCGAGGAGCAGGCAGAUAAUGGGUUUACUUUAAAUAAUCACCAGUUUCAGUUCCAUAUGUUCAACGAUGAAGAUUCUGUCAGCCUUCUUGAAAAAAGACCAUGCUUGUCAACAUUUAAUGAGCCAUCUGGUCAAAUUAGCACCAAUAGCAAAGUGUCGAAAUCUAAGAGGAAAAGUUCAUCCAGCAAGAAUGCGGGUACAAACCAAAGCUCUUCCCAGAAAACCACUAGGAAAAAAUCUCCCAAAACCAACAAAGGCACCGACAAGCCGCAAGGGAAGAACUCUAGGCAGGCACCCAAAUCCACCAGGAAGGGGAAGAACGCAGCGAGCCUCAGCAGCGAGAAGGCCCAAGUGGGUGGCAGCAGGGCCGUCAGCCAGCUGGCCAGCCCAGCCUCGGCGCCCAAGGGGCUGGCUGAGGGCAUUCAGCACAGCAGCCCAGCCACUGGCAAGCUGGGCAAGCACAACGGCCUGGCUGGAGAAUGGGCACUGGGGAAGGACAGUGGCACAGCCUGGUCAGAAACAAGCCUUGGGAGCACCACAGGCCUGCUGGAUGAUGACCAGAGGGAGUUCGAGGAGCCCUCCAACAUCCUGUCCAACAUUGCCUCGGGAAUGGCAGACGUCCAGAGGUUCAUGAUGGCCUCCAUCGAGCCCCUGUGGGGACCUGUCAACCACAACAGCGUGCCAGACAUAUUCCGAUCACCCGAGUCGAACAGCCUGAAACUGAAAACCCUUAAAAUUUUAGCAGGGACGCCCCAAGAGUCUAAGAAGAAGGCGAACAGCAGCUCGCCGGGAGUGGCAAAGAACCAUAAGUCAAACAACAAGGGCUCGAGUAAAAACAGCAAAGCAGCCACCUGCGACCCUGGUCGCCCCAACUGUUCAGCUGGGUACAAUACAGACAUUCACUCUCCCUUUUUUGAUAAAAACUAUAGUAACCUGAGCACUUUAGGCAAUAACGGACCUACCCAUAAAAAACUGUACCGUCAUAAAUCAAGUUCUAAAUCACUGAGGGAUGAGAACUGUAAGAUAAAGCGAACAGACCGGGAACAGACCCAUAAGGACCCACCUGUGACAGCUUCUUUUGAGAAACUGAGGGAAUCAGACUCCAUUCUUCUUAAAGCAGAAACAACAUUUUUGGUUUUUCCUGUAUUUGAAGAAGAGACUCCCUUUUCUAGAAAAAAGACGUUUGAUGUUUCUUUUUUUCGUUUGGUUUUUUUUCUCAUUCGUUCCUUUCAAAAUAUGCCUUGUGGUAUGUUGAAAUGUAAGUGCUGAAACGAAGAGUUUGAAAUUGUGGGAAUUUAUUAUUUGAAAGCGAACCUAAUCUGGUAUUCUCUGUGAAAGACUGUUUUAAAAGUCAUACUGUUGUACAGUAGUUUAUGCACUAUUACCCACAACAACAAAAAAUUGUGCCAAACUAUGAACAAGUGACUGUAUUGUAUAUAUUUUUACUUCUCUAUCAACAUUGGGUUGUGAGUGUUUUCUGCAGCUAUGCCUUUUGAUUUUACUAGAUACAUUCCAGUUAAGUACUAACCACCCCCUUUGAAAGCACCUGUAACUCACAAUGAAAACAAUAUUGUUCACUUAUACAACUUACCAAAAGUUUUAUGGACAUAACUAAAAGUGUGCCAAAUUUACUUACCUCAUUUCAUGGAUUCACCCUGUGGUUUAAAGCUCAUAAAGAAAAAAAAAAAGAAAAAGAAAAAAAAAGGAAAAAAAAAAAGGAAAAAAGGAACUUUGAAACUGAUGCUGGGAAAUUGUAAUGUCCUCUCUUUAAAACCAUGAGCAGAAAAACAUAAUGGUUAAAUGUUGAGUUUCAUUAUAGGAGAGAGUUGAAAUGGUGAAGGAGUUCAGAAAACACUCCAGGUAAGUUUGACAGGAACUCGAGUGUCUGCAUCUAGAGACUACGAAACAGCUGCUUUUCAAGUGUCUGUUUUCUUAAAGCAAAACCUGUAGCUGAAGAGCAUUUGAAAUGCAAAGUUACAUUGCUAAUUCUUUGUAUCUCAGUUUUAUAUAUUUUAUAAUAACCUGGGAUAA